UAUUGAUCUAUACAAUGGCUUUAGCACCUCUUAAGCCUAACCACUUAAGACCUCUAUUUGUCAACCACAAUGUACGCUUAUUUGCCACAGGCAGUAAUUCCUCCUCACAACAACGACAACAACAAAAUGUAAUCCCAACUUGGAAUGAUUACUUUAAACUUCGUAAAAAGAGACGUACUUACGAGGUGACCUCUUAUGUCCCUUGCACCAUUGCCCCUGCUUUUGGCACAUUUUCUUACUUUGUUCAAAUGGAAGUGGAUCCCUUCACUAAAAUUCUCGGCAUGGAUCCUCUUAUGGCUGCUGUGGUUACCACUGCGGGUGCCGCUUUUGGUGGGUUUUUAUUAGGCCCUGUAUUUGGUAAUACCUUAUUCAAGUUGAUGAAUAGAAAGAUAGCUCCUGCUAUGGAUGCUCGCGAUAAAGAAUUUUUUGAACACAUCAAAAAGAAUCGUGCAGAUGCUAGACUUAAUUCAAUUCGUAAUCCUGUACCCGAUUAUUAUGGUGAAAAGAUUCAAUCAGUACAUGAUUACAGAACUUGGUUAAGAAAGCAACGUGAACAUUAUAGAAAGGGUGUCUUUGGUGGUGAUGUUAAUGGACUUGAAGAUUAGAGAAAAAAAGUAAAGACAAACUGAAAGAAUAGAUUAAAGUUCAUGUUAUACUUUUGCAAUAUUUUUUUCUUUCCUUUUUUUUUUGAUGUAUAUAAAUUGAUACAUUUUUUGAACAUUCUUGUAAACAAAUCCUUCCUAAAUAACUAAAGUGCUAACCAACUCGC